AAGGAAGCUGAGAGACAAGGCGACACUCCUUUCCUCCUCCAUCAUCUGGCCAAGCAUGCUGCUCUCCUUGCUCCUCUGCGCGGGGAUUGUGAGCGGAUUCCGCCCCAACCCUGAAUCGAGAGGGAACCCAAAUGACUUCACAGAUGCUGACAUCACGGAAUUGGGGGCGCUGAGGGCAGUAGCCUGGUACAUGGAGAGGAACCCCCUUCCUGGAAGAUCUGCCCUGGCUCCUGGAGAGCUAGAAAACAUGAAGCCAUUGAAUGCAACCGGGCUCUUCAAGGCCUAUUACAAAGCUGAUGUCUCUCCCAGCCGAUUCAUAAAAGCCCUCCAGGAAAUUAUCACUGGAAAUAAUCUUGUGGAAUCGUCUAGAGGCAACAACGACUACUACUUCUACUGUGAACAGAUCGGCAAAAGUAUUAACCAAAUUCGAAUUCAGGCCGACUCCAUGCUUUCCAGUCUGAAAGGGGAGGUGAACUCCUCUGGUUUGGGAACAGCUCGCCUCAGUGCUGGAAGAGCCCUUCACGUGGUUCAGAAAUUCUACAGCAACACCAACUGGGUCGAAAUGCAAAAGAACGGCUCUUACGAAUACUUGUUAAAUCCAAGUAGUCCUGUCAUUCCUACUGCACCAGCUUCUAAGAAGACAUGUGCUGACUGUACAAGAAUAGGAAGCAACCUGUUCCAGUGUGAGGAUAACAUCCUGGUGAAUGACAUGCUUACAAGUGGAUAUAAAGUAUCAGCGUCCUGUAGACUUAAGCCAACAGGCAAAUGUGGGCAUGGUGGGAAAUAUGAUGUGGCUCAACAUACCCCUCCCACUGGUGGCAUCAACAAAGAGACGUCUAAUCGGGACUUUUCGCCACACUAUCGCCUGCAUCAGAAAGCAGCGGAAUUAGCCAUCGAAGCAACCAAGAGCUUUUUUGUCGGAGAUGGUUUCGGCCUCUUAAGUAAAGUGGGAGACGAUACUUUUAAGAAGUUUUUCAACCUGGAUGGUUAUUCCCUCACCUUUGCGGUGGACACGACCGGCAGCAUGUCAGACGACAUCAAUCAAGUCAAAAUCAAAUGCAUCGAACUCCUCCGAUCGUAUUCUGGCUCUCCGGAUAAACCUUUUAAUUACAUUCUUGUGCCCUUUAAUGACCCCGAUGUUGGACCCGUCAUUAAGACCCAAAGUGUGGACGAAUUGGAAUCCGCAAUCUCUCGCCUGACUGCUACAGGGGGUGGCGACUGCCCAGAAAUGUCCAUGUCUGGCUUGAAACUGGCUUUGCAACAGAGCAUGCCAAGAUCCAAGAUCUUUGUCUUCACUGAUGCGGGAGCAAAAGAUGAGCAUCUGAAGGGAGAAGUGGAAAUUCUGAUUGAUUCUACUAAAUCCACAGUGAAUUAUCUCCUCACAGGCUAUUGUUCCAGCAGGAAACGCAGAAGUGCUCCUGAGGUUAGGCCUAAAACAUUUGCGAACAGCUAUGAAGAACUGGCAGUUUAUUCUGGCGGAUUCUAUGUGCUCACUACAAAACAUCAGCUUUCACAGGUCCUGGGCAUAAUGGAGAAGUCCUUGAAUGCUGCUCCUGUUAAAUUGAUUGAUGGCCAAAUGUAUACUUCACAAUUCUCCAUCCCUGUAGAUGAAACGCUCAAAGAAUUGACCAUCUCUGUCAAAGCAUCAACUUCCUUCAGCAUGACUGUGUUCCAACCUUCAGGUUCUCAAUUGGGAUCCCUGAGCAUGUUGAUCAACACGGAGAAGCAGAAGGUCGUGAAGAUAUCGCCUAUCCCCGAGCCAGGAUCCUGGACCGUGAAUUUGGCUCCCAUAAACUCUUAUAUGAUACUGGUUGAAGGCAAAAGUUUGCUUGACUUUCAUUACCAGAUUCUGCAGAAGGAGGAUGACUAUGUGCUUCCGGUCCAAGGACGACCAGUGCAAGGGUUGAACUACACAGUCUCCAUGAAGAUGAUGGGAGAUGCUGCCGGCAUGCAAAUCCAGCGCCUGGUGCCUCUUUCUGAAGACGGAACCCCUCUAGAAUCUAUACCUUUGAACCAGUCCUUUGAUGCUUUAGGCAACCCCUUUGCAUUUGGACCUGUUUCCUUGCAUGGCCCAAGAACCUUACUGAAAGUGGAGGGCCUUUCUCCAGGCAAUUUUCCUUUCGUAAGAAUCAGCGGGGAUUCCCUCACCACCGAAUUCGUGCAGAUUCUGCCUCUGCCUGAGCAGAACAGCACCAUGGCACCUGGUGGGACCUUGAAAGUCUCUGUGCUGGUAGUCAACCAUGGAGCAGCCAGAACAUUUGCUUUUAAAGUUUGGGAUGAUCGGAGUUUCAUGAGCAGCUAUGAACCAAAAGGAAGUUUCCUGAACACAGGAGAAAAUAUUACCCUGACGGCAACCUUUAUUGCACCCGUUGCCAAUGAGAGCUUUGCCUCCAGCGUUGUGACAUUCACUGCAAGCAGCGGUUCUGCCCAGAACUACCUGAAACUUCCCAUCAGUGUCAUUCCUGAAACAGCUUUGGAGACCGAUGAGAUCCCACCUGUGUACAAACUCAGAGAAUUUUACAUGCCUUGUAGAGGCAACCUCCAGAGUGAACCAGUCUGUCGUGGUCAUACUUGGCAAAUGUCAUUCACAGCCGUGGAUGACCAAAGUGCCGUCACCGUCACAAUCAAUACAAAUCCUUCUGGUCUCACUUGCACUCCAAAAGGAGGUGAUGUGAAGAAUGUAAUAUGUGAAUAUAGGUCAACCUGCUGCAAUCCUUUUGCAGAAGUUUUAAUCAGUGAUGAGGAUGGGAACACGAGCAGUUUCACGAUGGACUACAGAAACUCUAAGCCUCCUGCAAGCUAUUGAAGAUGACCUACCCUGAAGGAAUGUCCUGACGCAAAAUGGAUCUUAUUUCUGGUCCCUGAAUGUCCCUUAUACUGAGAUGAUAAUCGCCAAACGGUAGUAGCCUUGCCCCAUCUCUCUGGUGGAUCCAAAUAAAACUAACUUCAGAAGCA